UUGUUGACGGCGACUGACGGUUGAUGACGCAUGCGCACUGGCAGCGGGGCCUGGGCCUGGGCUGGUUUGCGGCCUCGCUCCCUCACGAGCCCCUGUGAGCCCGGCACCAGCCACAAAGAUGAAGCGCAGGGCCCCGGAGGCGAAGUUGGAGCGGCCGGAAAGCAAACUGCAGCGCAUAGAGGAACUGGGCCUCAACCUGAGCUCAACAUCGGACGAGGAGGCGCUGAGCGGCGGCGGAGGAGAGAGGAGCCGAGGUCGGGCAGCAGAAUUCACCAGCAGUGAUGAUGAGGAUAGUGACAGUGAGGGGGGCAGACCCUCAUUUGGUGGCCCCACUGGUUUUUCGGACUUUGGUCUUCGUUCGCUACAUGAUGGUUCUGCAGAAGACCUGCAGGAAGAAGGGCUGUCCAGCAAGUUCUCCAUGUACAACAGCUUCUCCCAAAAAUUGAUGAUGAAGAUGGGUUACCGUGAAGGUGCAGGUCUGGGUAAGUUUGAACAGGGCCGGAAGGACAUUGUAGAAGCCUCAACACAGCGAGGCCGUCGAGGCUUGGGGCUGAAGCUGAAGGUGUUUGACCGAGAGCUGAAUGUGCAGUGGCAGGAUGAUGGGCAGAAGUCUGACAAUCUCAGUGUGGCUUCCUCCAGUUUUCUGCCCAGUGUAUACGAGCAAGUGGAUUGGUUUCCUGAGUGCUCUGUGCCAGUGCCGGAUCUAGUGGAGCUGCGGGAUUGGAUGGUGAUCGGAAAGCGCAAAGAGGAGAUCGAGGAUGAGACAGAGUUCUGUGCUGGAGAGUUGCUGAAGAAUAUGCUACGGUGUAAGACUGUGUUUGACGAGCUGGAAGGAGAGGAAAUGCGUCGGGCCCGAACCAGGUCCAACCCCUAUGAGACCAUCCGUGGUGUGUUUUUCCUUAACAGAGCUGCCAUGAAGAUGGCAAACAUUGACCAUGUAUUUGAUUAUAUGUUCACAAAUCCAAAAGACUCAAACGGGAAACCGCUUGUUCGGGAUAAGGACGCAGAGUUGCUAUAUUUUGCUGAUGUGUGCGCGGGUCCUGGAGGAUUCUCUGAAUAUGUGCUGUGGCGGAGGAGGUGGAACGCCAAGGGCUUUGGCAUGACACUGAAGGGACCCUGCGACUUUAAGCUGGAGGAUUUCUUUGCCGCAUCCAGUGAGAUGUUUGAACCCUACUAUGGUGAAGGAGGAGUGGAUGGGGAUGGUGACAUCACACGGCCAGAGAAUAUCAGUGAAUUUCGGCGUUUCGUGCUGGAGAAUACUGAGCGAAAAGGUGUGCACUUCAUAAUGGCAGACGGGGGUUUUUCUGUGGAAGGACGGGAGAACCUACAGGAGAUUCUUUGCAAGCAACUACUACUGUGUCAGUUUCUGGUGGCACUGAGUAUCCUCAGGACAGGCGGUAAUUUUCUGUGUAAAACCUUUGACCUGUUCACGCCAUUCAGCGUGGGGCUAAUUUACCUGCUGUACACCAGCUUUGAGAGAGUCUCGCUGUUCAAACCAGUAACCAGCCGUCCAGCCAACUCCGAACGGUAUGUGGUGUGUCGGGGGUUGAAACCAGGGAUCGAUGCCGUUCGGGACUAUCUCUUUACUGUGAACCAAAAACUAAACCAACUGAAGGACACAGACCAGGAUGUGAACAUGGUCGUUCCGCUGCACGUACUAAAGGGCAACAUCGACUUUUACACAAACAUCGUCAAAUCUAACGAGAGUCUUGUAGCAAUGCAAAUCAAAGGUUUGGCAAAAAUCCAUGCCUUCAUUCGAGAUCCGAACCUGAACGAGACACGACAGGCAGAUAUCCGCAGAGACUGCCUCGCACUGUGGACAAUUCCAGAUAAGGCUCGAGUCACCCCAAGCACAUCUGAUCCCAAGAGGAAAUUCUAUGAGCUUAUCCAGGGUUCAGACCCCGAAACCUUCAGCUACAAACCUACGUUGCUCGUACCGAAAACGCUGGACAAAAUCAGUCACGUGCUGGACUAUAGGUGCAUGGUGGCCGGAGGGGAGCAGUUCUUUCUGCUGGGGUUAGGGAAGUCUCAGAUCUAUAUAUGGGAUGGAAGUGUGUCGAUGCGAUGGAAAAAACUUGAGAACUUUAAGACUGAGUUACCUAGAGAAACACUACUCUUUGUGGAGAUCAUACAGGAGCUGAAAGGAGAGGGAAAAGCUCAGCGCCGGAUCAGCUCUAUUCAUAUCCUUGACGCACUGAUUCUGAAUGGGACAGACAUCCGGGUUCAGCAUUUUAACCAGCGGAUCCAGAUGGUGGAGAAGUUUGUGAAAGCCGUCUCGAAGCCUAGCCGCUCUGACAUGAACCCCAUCAGGGUCAAAGAGGUGUACCGGCUGGAGGAAAUGGAGCGAAUCUUUGUCAGGUUAGAAAUGAAGAUUACUAAGGGAUCAGGUGGAAUGCCUCGUCUGUCGUACACAGGCCGCGAUGACCGUCACUUCCUACCCACAGGACUCCACAUUGUAAAAACUGUGAAUGAUCCCUGGACAAUGGCGUACAGCAAGACAUCAAAACGCAAAUACUUCUACAACAUAAAAACAAAAGAGUCAACUUACGAGCUUCCCCCGGACUCCAUCACACCGUUCCAUGUCUGCCACUUUGAACGACUCUUGUGGGCCUGGGAAGAAGGGGUUCGUGUCCACGACUCUCAGACCCGAUGUGAUUCAGAGAAGCUUUCCAAAGAGAAUGUACUGUCCUUCAUUCGGCUCCAUUACCAACCAUAGCCCUCUGUGAGCUGUGCCCGGAGCACAUCAGCUGUAAUCCAUUUCAGCAUUGUGCCGCUCAGAUCAUGGAUCCUGCUGUGUGUGACUGAGGGCUUGGCCAGGCCUGCCGGCUGGGGGUGCCCAUCAGUCAUUUGGUGUUGGCAGAAAGACUCUUUCUCUGAUCUCAUUUACUGAACAUCAGCCUGACCGCUCGAGCCCCUGCACAGCACCGAACGUCCAUUAGUGCAGCCUGUGGUGGACUGCGCGGCCGGAUCGCGCUCCAAAUGUCAGGCUCUCGAGGCUUUAGGUGCUUCUGUGAAUGUUGCAUCCCCUCCUCCUCUUCAAAGGCUUCACGUGAAUCUCCCAGAACCUCUGCAAGUAGUCAGACUGUGCAAGAGUUUGAUAUGGCGGAUGGCCGUGGCAGCACAAGCAGUGGCGGGAGAGUGCCAUAUACCAACUGGAACACACACCCUUCCUCGGGAGGACAGUUUAUUUUAGUUUUAUUGCCUUUAUGUUGGGAGGAUGCUGUUUUCUCACUACAGUUCAGGGUUCAGAGUCCUAUUUAUGAUGUAAGACCUAUUUUCUGCAGAUAAAUAAUGUACCUAUAUCUGUUUCAGUUUUGUAAACACGAACAGCACAAAAUAAAUGUAAGUUUAUGUAAAUAUUUAGUGUUGUGUAAUCUCAGCACAGAAUAAAUGCGGAUAACAUUUUCCGUAACUUACCAUUC